CAAGUACAAGUCACUGCGAAGAGGAUACGGUACUGAAACUAAGAGAGAAGCUUGAAAGUAUGGAAACAAAACUACAACAAGAAUUAAUCUGCUGCCAAUGCAAGGAAGAUGAAAAUAAUCUUUUGGAGCAGAAAAUAGCAGAAAGGAAAGCAGCCCGGGAGAACCGUGAAGCGGAAGAGGGUAGAAUAAAGCAGCUUGAAGAGAAAAUACUCAGCCUCAAAGCCGAUAUGGACAAGAACAUGGUAGAGCGAAGUGAGGUAGAAAAUCAUAAGAAAGCCAUUGAAGAGCAAGCUAGGAGUCAACUCAUGGAAAAAAUAAACCAAGAGAACCAAGUCUUACGGGAACUAGCUGCCUCUGAGCAACAGAAAGAUCAGGAAAGACAGGAUUACAUCAUGUCACUGGAGCAUAGAUAUAAGGAAAUUGAACUUGAGAUUGUGGAAACAAAAUCUCGUGCAAUUUCUGUGAAAGCACAACGGAGAACAUUUGAAGAAAAAUAUAGAGCAGAAUUGCAACUUGGAGAACGAUUGAAAUAUGAACUUGAAAAUAUUUACAGCAGUAUUGUGGAGUUACAGAACACCAAGUCCAGGCUUGCCUCUGAGAGAAGGAUGAACAGGCUGUCGCACAUCCACACUCACCACAGAUCUGUCUCAGAGGGAACCAGUGACAGCAGUCUUCAGAAUAUCUUUGGGUUCAACAGCAUAGGGGCCACGAUUUAAGUCCACAUUCAAGAAGGAGAGCUUGGUGGGAUAGCUUAAUAAGGCAGGGCAAUGGUCUAAGCAUUUCCAAGGCAUAAAGUUGGUCCACUUCAAACAAACCUUGAAUGA